CAGCACUGAGGCACCAAGCCCGAUUCUCCCUUUAUGGGUUCCAGGACAUGCCUACUAUGCGGCCGCUCAGAGGAAAAUAAUCAGAUGGGUCUGUUUGGGAAAGAAAACUUCACGGAAGGCAGCACAGGCCACAUUCCCCUUGCGCUCUGGACAAGGGCAUGCUGUUCCGCUACAGAUCUGCACCAUCCAUGGGUCCUUUCCAGCCACUGCUAAGGAUUCCCAGGAAAGGAUUCACCCACAUACUCCUCACCACAUCAUCCAAAACCAGCCCCUCACCUACAACCCAUCCAGCUCUCCUAAAAAGCAAGACUCCAGACUUGCAUCACCACAAUCCUCAUCAUGCCCAGGAAGAAAAUCCACCGGUCGCUCCAGAGGCUCUGCCUGGAGAACAUCGCUGCGAACAUGCAGUGCGUCUGGGCCAAGGAUUACACAGACAAAUACCUGGAUGAAUACCAGUUCCGCUACAUCCAGGGGCCCUUCAGUGAACUGGCUGGCUCCCUGGUCCAAGAGCUGAUCCAGUUGCUGGGAAAGCGCGUGACCCGCGCCAUGCUGCACCUCCUCCUGGUGCCCCACCUGACAGAGCUGCGCUUGGCCCCCUGCCCAAAGCUGGUCAGCAACACCAUCACCCAGAUGGUGACCGUGCGCUGCAAGAAUUUGACUUCGCUGGAUCUUGACGGCUGCAGCCGGGUUCCCACAGAUGCACUGGUUGACCUCGUUGAAGGCUUGCCCGGUCUCACCAGGCUGACCCUUUCAGGGACCCAGUGCAACACUCAGGUCCUGUCUGCCGUGGGCUCCACCUGCCGGAGGCUUCGCGAGCUGGAUGUCUCCGAGUGCAAGAAACUCUCUCCGGCCUCCCUCUUCCACCUGGUCUAUGACCCCACAGCCAGCGCCUUCUGCUCCCCAACCUUGCAGAAUCUGAAUGUUGACGGUAUGCAGAGCAGCCCGCGCUGUGAUGACCUGCCCUGGGCCUUGGCCUACGUGCUCCUGGCUCUGCCCAAUCUGAUCGUCUUGCAGAGCGAGACUACCACAGAUGCCGUGUGCCUCAUCCAUGACCGAAACUUCCGUGGUGCCCAGGUUCCCGCUGGUUUUCCCUCCAUGCCGGAACUGGUGAAGCGCUGGGAUUCUCUGCACCCAAGCGGUCCCCGCUCCCAGCUCAAGCUGCCUCUGAAAGAGAUCCUGGACGUGCCGGAGUCCUGCUUGUCCACCAUCCUUGCUGUGUGCCCACACAUGGCGAAGGCCACAGUGGUUCUGGAGGAGCGCUCUUGCCUGGCCCGGCGGUUGCUGCCCUGGGGCUCCCUCACCAGCCUCAGCCUGGAGUGCUGGCUCCGGCGGCUGGAGGAGUUGCUUCCUGUCACGGCGCGCCUGGGGACCCAGCUGGAGACCCUCUCUCUGGAGGGCUUCUCCUUGGACGAUGAAGUGUCCCUCCAUGUCCUCUUGAGCCACUGCCCAAACCUCAAGUCGUUCUUCGCUUCCCUCGACCACUUGAUGAAAGGCAGCCCCAGCGAGGAGGCCUUGGCCCAGGUCGCUAGUCUGCCCCCCUUAGCCUUCCCUCAACUUCAGGAGUUCCACCUCACCUUUUCCGACUUGUUGGAUUCCAAGGAUCCCCCAGAGACCCUGGGCUUGGCGGCGAGCCUGGUCUCUCUGCUGAAGGGCUCCCCUCGCCUGGAGUACGUGAUGCUGUUCGGCCUGCCCUUCUCCCUGGACGGGGUCUUUGAGGAGGUGCUGGGGGCCCCCGGCGCCACCGCAGCCCUCCUUCACCUCAUUGACCUUUCAAUGGUCGAGUGCAAAGUCUCCAGCGGCACCAUCCACCGGAUCCUUUCCCUGGAGAACCCUCUCCGCUCUCUUGUUUUGGACCGCUGCCCAGACAUCUACCGGAAGGACUACGAAGCGUUGCUCCGGCGGGUCAGCAGGGAAGGCCUGGAGCUGCGCAUCGAGUGGAAGUGAGGAACACCCCCACCCCAGACUCAAACCCAAACUGGGCCUUGCCCUGAAUUUGACAACACAGCCCAAGCGUGACCUCUAUGACCCUAGCCCCAAAGGAGGAGAAGGUGCGGCCUUGAAAGGGCAAGGAAAAAGGAGCAGGGAGGAGUUGGAGAAAGGUUAACCACUGAGCUUCCUUUCCUCCUGUAUGUUUUGCCCACGUUGGCAGUUCCAUUUCAGAAAACCAGAAUACCAGGUCAGAACUGCAAGCCAGUUUUAUUGAGCUGGGCCUGGCUGCGUUGCCACAUGUCAUUUGACCCUUCUGCACCACAUCCCUGCUUUGGGACCACAUUGUUGGUGGCCAGUGGAUGGUGUAGGUCAGUGGUUCUCAACCUGGGGUCCCCAGAUGUUUUUGGCCUACAACUCCCAGAAAUCCCAGCCAGUUUACCAGCUGUUAGGAUUUCUGGGAGUUGAAGGCUAAAAAUGUUGCGGAACACGUUACCCGGAAAUUCAUUCGAGUGCUUUAGGAGAAGGAAGAGGAUGGAGACAGCAUGUCCGAUUUCCAGGCUUUUUUAUUUCUAUCUCUGCAGAGUAGGGUGUACAGCGAGCAAAGGGCUGUCACAGCUUGAGGUCUCAAUCUCUUCAGUAUUUAUAGCAUAAAAUCAACUCAGCUGAUGUCUGACAUUUACGCAGUACAAUCAUUAACAGGUGUUUCCAUGUAUAGUUGCCAAGAACAUCUUUAUCGGGUCUUGGCAGACACUUUGUGGGGACCCCAGGUUGAGAACCACUGCUAUAGAUGAUCUCUAAAGGAGGAACGCAUCCCAGUCCUUGAGCUGGGAUGCGUUCCCAGUCCUUGAGCAGGGAGCAAAAUGCAGGCAUCACCUCCCUCUAUAACAGUGGUUCUCAACCUGGGGUCCCCAGAUGUUUUUGGCCUACAACUCCAAUAAAUCCCAUCCAGAUUACCAGCUGUUAGGAUUUCUGGGAGUUGAAGGCAAAAAACAUCUGGGGACCCCAGGUUGAGAACCACUGCUCUAUAAGAAUUCCACUCCCCAGGAAAUAUUUCACUUCCCAAUUUCUGCAUGCACUUCAAAUCUCAGUAGAGCCUCAGAGCAAAGGGGUAGUCAAGCAAGUAGGCUCGGCAACUGCCAAUAUCAGGCAUCUUCAAACUGCAGCCCUCCAGCUGUUUGGCUCUUCAGCUCCCAGAAUUCCUGACAAUUGAAAAAGCUCAUUAGGGCUUCUGGGAGUUGGAGGUCCAAGUAAUUGGAGGACCACAGUUUGAGGAUGCCUGCUGUAAAUGGAAUUGUUCUAGGUGAGAACGGGUAUCAUGUGUCUCACUCUCUGCAGUGUUAGAAAUGUGGGGACUGAAGGAAAGGUUCAUGUUGUGGGACAGUUUGUACUUGGGGAGCAAUGCUCCUGCUGCUACCCUCCUGGGUUUCGGCUGGGUGCUUCAGCUCGGCUCCAGGGUGGACAACGGGCUACCCAAUGCAUGCAGGUCCAAAACAUCUUGGGGAAACAGACGUGGCCGGUGGGGACUGUAUCCCUCCCAAUAUCUAGGAGAACCAUGCCAGCAGGUUGCAGAAAGGGAGCCUUAGUAACACACACAUCCUUUCUCAGCCUUGAACUGCAGAACGAAAGGGGAAAUGAAAACAUACGUGUAAAUCAAGCGCAGGCCGUAGAAACAUAACAUAAGACACUACACUUAAAUUUAUAUGUUCAUAUUUUUGUAAACAUCUUUCUAUGCAUUUUUGAAUAAAGCUUGUUUGGAUCA